AUGAAUCACGGCGGGUCCGGCAUGGAUAUGGACAUGGAUAUGAAUAUGUCCAUGGGCACCUUCCACUGGAAGAUCACCGAUGCACUAUGGUUCGAUGCGUGGGUACCCAAAUCUGAGCCGGCGUACAUUGGUGCAUGCAUUGGUUUAUUUCUAUUUGCUAUCCUGUCCCGCGCUCUCAUUGCCGCUGAAAUCUACUUUAUCGCCUGGCGCGGUAUACGCUUUGACCGCCUUCACAACCCCUUAGCCACAACCACUUCAUGCUCUGAGCCAUCGAUGGCACGACCUAUGUAUCCUCAACCACUGACUUUGCCUAUUGUCCCGCCUUUCAAUUGGACGUUUGACACCAUUCGCAGCUUUUUGACCGCCCUCGUAUCGUUUGUCAGCAAUUUGCUCAUGCUCAUUAUCAUGACCGGCAAUGGCGGCUACUUCAUUGUCAUCAUUGCAGGCAUUUUCGUCGGCGAAAUGGCAUUUGGCCGCUUCCGUUCGCUGGGUGGAGCCAGAGAAGAUCACAACCACUAA